AUUGUCACACUGUCUACUGUCACGCACCAACCGCCAAGACAAACUCCUUGUAUGUUUGACAUAUUUUGGCAAUACAUGUUUCCUGAUGUAUGCAUGUAAUGUACCAGUGCACAGCUGAAGGUACUCGUGUAUUCGUGUUGCAGACCUCAUGGUGGGGAUGGGCUACUCUAGGGAGGACAUUAAUGAUUCGCUCACCAAGAUGAAAUAUGAUGACAUCACAGCUGCCUACCUACUGCUGGGCCGCCACGCUGCUGAGGCGGAGGUGAGCGAAUCCAGCAAACCUUUUCAGUCUCCUGCUCACCUCCUCAACCAUCGCUCCUCCUCCAAACAGAGGAGGCAUAGCGACCAAGGUAACCAGCAGAACCACAAUCAGAGCCACAAUGUGAUGCUCACGGACAGGCUGCAGGCUGUAACUCCUGUCUCCCCCUCUCAGUCUGUACACCGCCCCCUCGGUGGAUCCUCCCACCAGGAGGAGUCACAAUGUAAGCAAUUGCAGAGGAGGAGGUGAAGCAUGA